GCACAGAGGACUGGGUUCGGGCCCGGGGAUAGGGGACUAACCUUCUGGGUGUUCAUGUAACCAGCAGACGAACCUAGUGGUGCUUCAGUUCAGUGGUACGAACCGCGAAAACACUGGGAGGACGCCGGCCAGAAAGUGGCCACCUGCAAGCCCGAAUUGCUGCGCAAAGCCGGCUCCCUCCCCUUCCUACCCAGGGUCUCUGACUCCUAACCCUGGGUAACUUCUCAUUUAGGUUUAUAGGAACAGAAAGGAGGAUGGAAUCAGGCAAGUUCUGGAGGAGAUGAAAGCUUUAUAUGAACAAAACCAGUCUGAUGUGAAUGAAGCAAAGUCAGGUGGACGAGGUGAUUUGAUACCAACCAUUAAGUUUCGGCACUGUUCUCUGUUAAGAAAUCGACGCUGCACUGUAGCAUACCUGUAUGACCGGUUGCUUCGGAUUAGAGCACUCAGGUGGGAAUAUGGCAGUGUCUUGCCAAGUGCUUUACGAUUUCACAUGUCUGCUGAAGAAACAGAGUGGUUUAAUCAUUAUAAAAAGUCCCUUGCUACUUACAUGAGGUCACUGGGAGGAGAUGAAGGUUUGGACAUCACACAGGAUAUGAAACCUCCAAAAAGUUUAUAUAUUGAAGUGCGGUGUCUGAAAGACUAUGGAGAAUUUGAAGUUGAUGAUGAUGGCACUUCAGUACUACUUAAAAAAAAUAGCCAGCACUUUUUGCCUCGGUGGAAGUGUGAGCAGUUGAUCAGACAAGGAGUUCUGGAGCAUGUCUUGUCAUGACUGUGUCAUGUCAUGACUACGUCCUGUGGUAACCACAUGUGGAGGCACUGCCAGAUCUUGCCACAUAUGAGGCUGAACCCAUGCCACAGAAAUGUCUCUCCUUCUCCCCAUACCUCCCUCUUUUAUUAAAAAUUUACAGGUGACUUUAAGGUAACCAAAAAGGUGUUGCUCAAUGGUAGAGUGCUUGCCCUGAACAUGGGAAGCCCUGGAUUUCAUUCCCAGAACCUCAAAUGAAUUAAAAAAAAAAAUAAAUAAA